GUCUAGUACGUACGUCGUAAAUUUAUAAACAGCUGUAUCUACUUAUUUAAUUGGGACAGGUGUACGGUGUACGCGUACUAGGUAUCUCAUAGGGUUUCAUCGUUAUACGGGUGUCCCAGAAUAACAUGCGAAGUGCGUAUAAAAAAUGGCGUCAACUAGAUUGACCCUAUACGCCUCCAUUGGAGGUUUCUAAGAAAAGGGCUGAAUCGACUAGUGGCUAGAAUGACUCCCUAUAACGAGAUAUGAAGAUCUAUCUACUUGUGGGAGUAGUGGCGGUAGUCUUCCAAAUGAUACAUGCAAAUUAUACUACAGAAGUCUCAACCAAUCAGUUACCAAUGACCAAUACGCACAUGAGGCUAAGGAUCGUGAGAAUGAUAGCAAAACGGAUGCACAGUAUAUGGGAAGAAUAUGAGAAAAGGGAUGAAAAUACAUUUGUCGGUCGAUGUUUGGGACUGGCGAGAAAGAUCAGACAACUCCUGCCGAUCAUUAUCUUUCUGCUAGGUGUAAUACUAACAAAACUAGGCUUCCUCACCCUGUUCUCCAUCAAAACUAUGGCACUUGUCGGGUUGCUGCUCCUGCUGAACGCCAGUGCCUUCGCAGCUAAGAUUGCCACAGCGUUUGCCCUUAAGGGUGAACAUAAGCAUCCACAGACAGUUCAUUUCCAUGUACAUAAAGACAGUGUUGAAGGUUACCAUAUAGACCAUUCCAGUCCUUGGGAACACAAAUCUGGUGAAGCCGGUCCUGAGUUCGACUGGGACCGUGUACAAUCGUAUAAUUUAUACAAUAAGUUAUUAAAAGAGUCAUAUAAAAGGAGUUACGAAGAAUUUACCAGGUGAUUACCGUUGUGAUUUAGUAGUGAUAAUAGUGUAAUAAAGCUGUCUUUGCAAGAUGUUUAUGAACUGACUGCAGCGUUGUUUCUAUUGUAAAUGUUGUUUCGUAGGACUGACGUCUUUGUAUGCACAAAUUUAUAAUUAUUUUUAUUUAUUUGUAAUUUGAGAAGAAAUAUACAUGUGAAACCAGCAAGAUUAUUUUCUGCUUUACCAGUGGUACACAUGUUUCUUAGUCAUAAUGGAUCGUAGGAAACUUGAAUAAGUUGCUCUGUAGUAUAAACCAUGUAGAUAUAUGUAUGUCAUGAC